AUUGUUAGCAGUAAACGUUACGCAUUAGCCUUUAAAGGAACGUGACUCAAGAAACUGAAACGAGGUAGAAGGUGAAAAGUGAAAUCCUUCCAGAAGAGCAACUCAGACACACACAGAGAGAGAGAGAGAGAGAGAUGAGGAUCUUCAUCGAGGCUUUGACCGCGAGUAGCAGGGUCUGAUGCUGCAUCCAUGUUAUGUAGACUGUGAUAUCCGCGUCCAGUGUUCGUUUUGCUGGGUGCUCCAUCUUACAAGUGGAUAUGCAUGUCAUGCUGGGUUCAUUAGGCAUCUCUGUUUUUAGCCAGCUGCUUUUUAGCCAGCUGCUUUCUUGAUAAUAGUUGCAUGUUAGUUGAUCAACACGCAUUUGAAUAGCUGACAGGUCACAUGCACAGGCUAUCAUGUCAUUAAUGAGAUCAGCAGAUUCAUCUACAUCGUGUAGAGAACCUGGCUGCUAUGGCCGUAAAUGUUGUGACUCCUCAGCGUUAUCUUCUCAGAUAUAUGCCUCAGAUAAACAAAUGUUGCAUUAUGGUCUGAAUUCUUACCAGUCAGAUAUAUAUGGCCAGCAAUAUUUUACAAACUCUUCCUCUGGUUUGAAUCCUUUGAACUCUAUUCAUCUAUCAUCAUCUUCAGUUCAUGGAACAAUGCACCGUCCCCAGGUUUCAUCGGGGCCUUAUCAACUGACAGGGAAUGCCUGUCCUUCCAUGACACAGGAGAAUUCAUAUGGAGCAUGUUUUUCUGCAGUUCAUCAUCAGGUUUCAUCUCUUUCAAACAAUCAACAAGAAACUCAUUCUCUUUCAGAAAGUCAUAGUCUGGAUCCUGAAAUGGACUACGAUGAAAUUGAUAUAAGAUUGAAGCUUCAAGAACUCGAGCGGGCAUUAUUGGAUGAGACUGAUGACUUUGUAGACCUUGGCGAAGAGAUGUUCAUUGAUGAAGACUGGACCGAGUCCAUCAAAAGUCUCAUGAGUCCAAAUUCACCAAAGGAAUCUUCAUCAGACUCAAACGUAAGUACUAUCAGCAGCAACAGGGAAACUAAAACCCCUAAACAGUUGCUUUUUGAAUGUGCUUCUGUCAUAUCAGAUGGAAAUGUGGAAGAUGCACAGGCAAUGAUCACAGAGCUUAGGCAAAUGGUGGCAAUUCAAGGGGAUCCUCCUCAAAGGCUUGCAGCGUACUUGGUAGAAGGCCUUGCAGCCAGAAUUGCCUCUUCAGGCCAUGGCUUGUACAAAGCUCUGAAAUGCAAAGAGCCCCCUACCACUGAUCGCCUGUCAGCAAUGCAGAUCCUCUUUGAGAUUUGCCCGUGUUUCAAGUUUGGUUUCAUGGCUGCUAAUGGUGCCAUUGCCGAAGCAUUCAAAGAUGAGGAAAGAGUCCAUAUUUUAGAUUUUGAUAUAAACCAAGGAAGUCAAUAUAUAACCUUAAUUCAAGCAUUAUCAGCCCGACAAACUAAACCACCCCGUUUGAGGAUAACCGGUGUGGAUGAUCCAGAGACGGUGCAACGGGCAAUUGGAGGCUUGAAAGUCAUUGGACAACGCCUGGAGAAGCUUGCAGAGGAAGUAGGUGUCCCAUUUGAGUUUAAGGCAAUAGCUGCUAAGACUGCAGAUGUUACUCCUUCCAUGCUUGAUUGUCGGCCCGAUGAGGCACUUGUAGUGAACUUUGCAUUCCAGCUUCAUCAUAUGCCGGAUGAAAGCGUAUCAACGGUGAACCAACGAGAUCGGCUCCUUCGCAUGGUAAAGAGUCUGGAUCCAAAGCUGGUUACAGUUGUUGAGCAGGAUGUCAACACCAAUACUACCCCUUUCUUCCAAAGGUUUGUGGAGGUCUACAAGUACUACUCAGCAGUAUUUGAGUCACUUGAUGCAACCUUACCAAGGGAGAGUCCUGAUAGAAUGAAUGUUGAGAGGCAGUGCCUUGCAAGAGAUAUUGUGAACAUUGUAGCCUGUGAAGGGGCUGACAGAAUAGAAAGAUAUGAAGCUGCUGGGAAGUGGAGAGCAAGGAUGACAAUGGCUGGAUUUGUCUCAUGCCCGCUAAGCUCUUAUGUUAAUGGAGCAAUCAGGUCGCUGUUGAAGUCCACCUACUGCGACAGGUACAAAAUUAAGGAGGAAAAUGGGGCACUCUACUUCGGCUGGGAGGAUAAGAUUUUAGUUGUGGCUUCUGCAUGGAAAUAAAAAAUAGUUGUUUCUGCUAAUAAGAUGAUUUUGAUGUGCUUCUGUAUAUAAGAUUUGUGUGUAAGAAAAUUUCUAACAUCUCUGGCUUUUUGAUGUAUGAUCUAAUCUCCUCAAAUGUAAUCUGAAUUCUCUCUGUUUGGUGCACCCGACAACAAUGUUUUUUCUUGCGGAUGUCUGCUGACUUUCUCUAUUAUUUUUUAGAAUCUGUGUGCAGCGCAGCUUAAAAUUCAA